AUGGACCCUAAUCCAUUCCCUCCACCCGCAAGAGGGAGAAGAGGCAGAGGGGGAAAUAACCUUUUCGCUAAUCAUGACAGGAAUAGGCCGGGGGUAAACUGGAGAAAUCACCUAGACAUCGAAGAGCAGGAAGGGCACAGGGAGGAACCUCCACCCAGACCAUACAGAGCGGAGGCCAGGAUCGAUUACAUCCAGCCACAACUGGGACAAAAUCUUCCCCCCGUCAAUGCUUUGAAUGACAUAGGGGCAUUGCAAAGAAUGAUCAGAGAAAUCAUGGAACCCGAGGCUAGGAGAGGGGAAAGGCCUACUUACAGAAACCCCUAUCCAGCCUACAUCGAUCAAAUACCGUUGCCUCCAGGUUUCAAAGUACCAAACUUCACCUUGUUCAACGGGGAGGACCCCCAUGCUUCCUCAGUUGAACAUAUAGGCAGGUUCUCCGUCCAAUGCAUAGCUAUUGAGAACAACCCUUUGUUGAAACUAAGACUCUUCGGCAAUUCUCUCUCUGGACAGGCUUUCACCUGGUAUACUAGCCUGCCAGCCAAUUAUGUGCAGACUUGGGAACAGAUGGAGAACGUCUUCCAUGACUAUUAUUACAGGGUCCAGCCAGAAGUCACCAUUAGUGGCUUGGCCGCCCUCAAGCAAAGCGAAGAUGAACCAGCCCAAGACUUCAUAACCAGGUUCUGA